CUCCUUCCUCACAGUCGCCUCUCUCUCUCUCUCUCUCUCUCUCUCUCUCUCUCAUAUUUCCUGACAAUGACGGAAAUUUUCCGCUUCUCCGCCCUCUCUCCGGUAGCCGCUGCCUCCAUUUCUUGCUUCCGAGAAACUUCUCUCUCUGUCUCUAAAUUUUCCUAUCUGCGUCCUCCUCAACCCUCUCGCCUCCUCCGUUUCACAGUCAAAGCUUCUGGUGAUUUCUCGAGCGACAAUUCCUUCGGCUUUUUUCCUUGGGAUUCUCCGCUCCCUGAAGGCGAUGGGAACUUCGGUUUAUGGCAGAGAAGGGUGAAGGAUCUGUUAAUGUUGCAAGGUAUGGUGAAGGCUUUAUAUGGAGUUCAACCGGAAGGCAUAAAUUAUACAAAUUGGAAGGAAAUGGAAGCGAAGGUUGUGACGACUAUCAGAUUAUGUUUGGCCGAUGACGUGCUGUAUCACGUCAUGGAAGAGGAUUCUCUUGCUGCUGUUUGGAAGAAACUUAAAACCAUCCAAUGGGUUCCUGAGGAGAGAAUCACCUUGUUUACAGCUGAUGGGCUCAUUCAGCUUGGGGGCUCCAUGGUUCCUCGACGUGUAUCUGCUUCAGAUAAGCAGGGGAAAUUAAAGACAUCUCAAAAAUUGCAACGGUUUCAGGAGAGCAAUUACAUGGAUCCAAAGCAGGGCCUAUGUCUAGGUGCACUGUUUGACAUUGCUGCAACAAAUGGACUGGAUAUGGGCAGAAGGCUUUGUAUUUUUGGCUUUUGUCGUUCAAUUGAGAUGCUAAGCGAUGUUGUUGAAGAUACUGUUUUGGAGCAUGGUGGGGAGGUUGUAGCAGCAGAGAAAGCUAGCAAGGAAGGUUUACAGGAAAAGCUAACCAUGACAGUGGCAGUGCCUUUACUAUGGGGUGUUCCUCCUGCCUCCGAGACCCUUCACCUUGCUGUUCGGAGUGGUGGAGGAAUUGUAGAGAAGGUAUAUUGGCAAUGGGACUUUCUGUAAAUCUUUUAUUUCAAAUUAUCUAACCCCCCAUUUGUGCAUUCUGUACAUAAAAUUGUUGUAUUGUUGUGUACGAAGACCCAAAUGCUAAUGCUGUAUUCAAUUCAUAUGUAACUUGAUGUUAAUAUUCAAUUUGAUAAUUUGCAAUUAUUGUUC